AUGAGAAGAACCUCUCGAAAAAAGAAUUUGACUGAUAACGACAAAAGAGCCAUCGUUGUGGGUCGUCAAAAUGGACUGACCAUGAUGACGUUGGCAGGAAUGUUCGGCGUGACAGAGGCGUGCAUUUCUCAGUUCCUAAAGCUUUGGAAAGCUCAAGAUGGCUCUACUAAGAGCCAACGCACUGGAAGAUCACGUGUCACUGAUGGUAAUGACGAUAGAAACAUUUUGAAGACGUCUAGAACCAAUCCCAGACUCACCGCCCCUACGAUCAGACGGGAAGUUUUCUUGAAUUCGCCAUCUCCGCCAUCCGUCUCGACCGUGAAACGACGUCUGAAUGCUGCUGGAAUCAUGAGAAGACGUCCAGUGAAGAAACCGCUUAUUUCUGAAAAGAAUCGAGCCGCCAGGGUGAAGUGGGCGAAGGAGCAUCUCAACUGGACCCGUCAAGGCUGGAACAAGAUUCUGUGGUCCGACGAAAACAAGUUCCUCCUCUUCGGGAGUGACGGAAUUCAGUGGGUUCGUAGACCAAUUGGGUCCAGAUAUCAUCCGAAAUACCAAUUACCCACUGUGAAACUUGGUGGAGGACCGUUUCGUCGGACCGCAAAAUCUCGUUCCAGUCUUGACGGGUCCAGUUGAGAUGCUCCUUCGCCCACUUCACCCUGGCGGCUCGAUUCUUUUCAGAAAUCAGCGGUUUCUUCACUGGACGUCUUCCCAUGAUUCCAGCAGCAUUCAGACGUCGUUUCACGGUCGAGACGGAUGGCGGAGUUGGCGAAUUCAAGAAAACUUCCCGUCUGAUCGCAAGGGCGGUGAGUCUUAGAUUGGUUGUAGACGUCUUCAAAAUGUUUCUAUCGUCAUUACGAUCAGUGACACGUGGUCUUCCAGUGCGUUAGCUCUUAGUAGAGCCAUCUUGAGCUUUCCGACGCUUUAGGAACUGAGAAAUGCACGCCUCUGUCACGCCGAACAUUCCUGCCAACGUCAUCAUGGUCAGUCCAUUUUGACGACCCACAACGAUGGCUCUUUUGUCGUUAUCAGUCAAAUCUUUUUCCAGAGGUUCUUCCCAUGUUUGGAAACAUGAAAAAAAUAUAUGGCAACAUUAUUACUUUUUAAAAAAAUUUAAUAAAAAAAUAAAUAAAAAUGAAAGCAUAAAAAAACAAAAAAUUGAAAUCAAUAAAAAUGCCUAAAAACGCGUCACAGGGAUUGCGGACAUGUAUUUGUAUACCGUAUAUGUUUCAAAGUAUAUUUUACAUAAUCCCUGAAAGUUAUAUAUAAAACGGAUGAGUACUCGCUGAGAUAUCCUCAAAAAACCAAAACCUAAUAUACUUUUGAGCGGUACUGUACUUCAAAAAAAAAAUUGGUUUUCCGAAAGUUAUCGUAUCAUAUUGUUGCCAGACCAGAGUAUGUUAAAUUUUCGUUGAAAAAGAAAAUGAGAUCUUUAAACUAGGAUCACUGUUUCGAAAACUAAAUUUAUUGAGUGAUCGUUUCGAAUUGAAUUCUCCGUCAGAUAAAUAAAUUUGAACAAUGAAAUCUCCUCUGUUUCAGAAACAAAAUUAAUUUUUGAAGAGACUUCAGAGUGUGGUGUUUGAAUAGGAAAGGCACUUAUUAAUGAAAAAAAGAAAAUAAUAAUGAUUCGUUCGAAAAAAAGUAAUGUUUCAGGCCAACCUGGUCGCGGAACAUUCCCGGAAAACGUUCAGACCGCGAGAUGUCGAGGUCGAAACCAUCGAAAAUCUGCUCAGCGAUGUUCAGGUAACUGUUUUAACGAAAAAAAAACAACAAAAUUACCUUUUGAAAAAAACUUUGACCUACCGUAAUCCUUUAAAAUGCAUCGACCGCAAACACGCUCUGCGUCCGAGGCAUUUAAUCUUACGACUAUUUUCUUUUUUCUUGUCUUUUUUUGCGAUUUUCAUAGAAAUUUUGUGUUAUUGUUUCUUUUCAACGAAAGCGUACUUAUUUGAAAUAUUUUGUAAGUUUUAGUAAGCUCAAAGAUUUCAGUUUAUUGGUGAGACUCAUUUGAAAAAAAGGAAAAAAAUAUUUUUGUACGAAAUUUCGUCAGUCUAAAACGAAAAAUUGAAUUUGCUACUUCUUUUAUAUUUAUCUAACAGAAAUUUACAGGAAACUUGUAUCAAAUUGUCAAUUUUCAGGUCGAUUCGGGUGAGGUGAACUCGAAACUUCGCGAUUAUACCUCGAUCUUUGCCGAUACGGCACGAGAUCAAUUAACUCAUGAGUAAACGGAUUAUUGGUUGAUUUUUGAACAAAAUCGAUUUUUCAGAGAAGAUGAGAAUAUUUUCAAAAAGCUAUGGUACGACAAAUCGUACAAGGUGCACGAUUUGUGCGAACCGCACAAUUCGGGCCACCAAACGGGCGAACUUAUUUGGUUUUCCGUCUUUUUUUGGAGGGUUUAGGAAGGAUUUAUUUCAGGACCGAAUCGGGUGAUCGGCUUCUCAAAGUGAUAGGCAACGGUGUCGUUAAAGACGGGUACAACAUGUUCAUGGCGCCCGGCCAAAGUCAAGGUCUUUCUUUGGGAAUAGUUAGGGAGAACAGGGUGGCCCGGGCGGACCCGAGGAGUACUUUUCAGAGUUUAAAAUGAUUUAAAAUGUGGAAAAGGGUCAUUUUUUGCCCGCUCUGUGGGUCGGAACUUUCAAGAAAUUUGAUUUUCAGGCCGUCGGACGGAUGUUCAUGUCGCUGUGUAUAUUGAGUCGAUGUCGUCUUUCAAAGCUCAAACCAUGGUUCGAAAUUCGGAUUUCUCUAGUCACAAUGCCUCACUAUUUAAAUGAUUUACCGGUUACCGUGAAAUUAUAAAAGUUCGCGAAUUUUUCGAGAUAAUGGUAAGGCAGCUGUCAGCGGAAAGAUUCAUGAUUCAGAUAAAAAAAUUACAAGAAAAAAACGUCGUGAAUUUCUUUUUUUCUUUUUUAAAUAUCGAAAAAAUCUUUUUUUUUAUAUUUAAAGGAGAGCAUGUGAUAAAUUUAUCAUCUUCCUAUCUAAGUUUUAAAAAUUCAAUCAUUCUUUUUCAAAUAAUAUACUCAGUCAUUUUUUUAAAAUAAAAAAGACAGUAUCUAGUAAGUUUCUUCACUUAUUUUUAAUGGAAAAAAAAUCGAUAAAUUUUGGUUGGAUGCCUCAUAAUGAUUUUUUGAAUCAAUUUUUUUGGAAGUUUCGUUCAAAAAGGACAUUUUUAAGGAUUUCGAAGUUGACAUGUACCUGGCGAUGGGUUGGUUCGACCGCCGGCUGGCCCACAAUUGCACUCAUCCGAUUCUGGUCACGAGCAAGGUAAAAAUCGAAAACAAGCGCAUUUUGCUGUUUCAGAAGGACUGAAAUAAGAAAAUCGGAGAAAUUUGAAACAUUUACAAUAUAUUCUUGAGCACUUUGUGAGCUUUUUAAAAAUGAGAAGGAAUGAACUUUUUCUGCGUCUGACCCGAAACGACUUGCGCUUGAGCAUAUUCAAAGAAUUUCAGUAAAAAGUAGAAAAUUUAGAGAUUUUUUUCUAGGUUUUUCUUGUAGUUUCGGAUCACUAUCAAAAAAAGCUAGAAAAAUUGUUUUUCAAUUUUUUUGGUUUUUCUCAUGCGCCCGACCUGAAACGACUUGCGAUAGGGGCACAAUUGAAAAAGUUGAAAAAAAUUAUUUUAACUGAAAAAAAUAGGUUUUCUUGGUGGAUUUUAGGCUCUGGAAAAAAAUAUUCAAAGAUUAAAUAAAAAAAUUAAUAAUAUUUGGAGAAAAAAUAGGAAGAAAAAAUUGAAUGGUGUUUUUUUCAAUAUUUAAUAAUUUUUGAACCAAUACUGACGAUUGAGCGUUUCUUAGAAUAUAAAAAUGAGUAAGAAAAAAAUCUUUCUUUUUUUGGAAAAAUAGAAGAAAAAACUUGUAAUUUUUUUCAUGCGUCCGACCCGAAACGACUUGCGCUUGAGCCUAUCUAAAAAUAUCAAAAAAACAAGCGGAGUUUGCAGUUUCAGAAGUGAUUUAUAUAAAAAAAUUAAAAAAAUAUAUGAUAUUCAACAAAGAAAUUAUAAAAAAAUAUAACCAAGAUAUCAAAAAAUCCAAAGAAAAUCUGCAAUAUUUUGACGAAACUGCCAUUUUUCUAGCUGAUCGCCGACCGUAUGUGGUACCCGGACUUGUACUUUGUCAACAGCAAAUUCGCGUAUUUACAGGAGGUUUUUAUCAUUUUUUUCUCAAUAAAAUUUGUGAAAAAAUUCGGUUUUUUCAGGUUACAACACCAAACUUGAUGGUGAUUGUGUAUCCAGACGGGCUGAUUUUCAAAUCGAUGAGGUAGAUUUUUGGGGCAAAAUAUUGAAUAUUCAGUUUCUUUCAUGGGACAACGCUUAGGAAAAUGAUAUAAAAAUCCGAAUUUCUCGAAUUUUUUCAGAAUCAGGAGUUUUUCAAUGGGUUAGGGGUGAUUCUAUAAACCAUAAAAAUUUUUUUAAAAAAAUUUUAAAAAAAUCUAGAAUAUUUUUUUAAACAUAUAGUGUAAAAAAAUUAUUUUUCUUCAGUCGAUAGUCGAUUUUUAGUCUCAGAUUCCGUAAUUUUUUACUUUGUUUAAAAAAAUUGGUAAAUUUUCACGGAUCUUGACACGAUUAGUUUGAUAGUGUCCUGCGAGGGGAGAUUUUUGAUUUUUUUGAAUUUUUCGAAAAAAAUAGAAUAUUUAAGUAGUAUUUUUUUGCAUAUGAAAAACAUUUUUGAGCUUCGGAGAGAAUUUUUUUGUAAAUCAGGCUGUUCUGUAAUUAUUUUUGUAUGAAACUGUAUAGUUGAAGCAUUUUUUUUUCAAAAAAAUGGGGAAUUUAUUGAUCUUUUUUUCGCGUUUAAAUUAGAGUUUCUUUCAGCUAGGAAAGUAUUUUUGUUCAUGAAAAAUCGGUUGUUUUUUUCGGAUGGAAAAGAAAAAUUUGAGUUUUGGAACUUUUUUUGAAAUUCGGGAAAACUAACUUUUUCGCGUAUAAAAAUUGAAUGAUGAGCUUUCAAAAACUUUUUUUUUCAAAAAAAUGAGAAAUUCAUUAUUAUUUUCGCGCAUGAAAAAAAUUGACUAUACAGAGUUUUAAUCAAGAAAAAUUUGCAGAUAUUAAAUUUUUUUCGUCUGGAAAAAUGGAUAUUUUGAGCUCUUGAAAAUCUCAUUUUCCGAAAAAAACGGAAAAGUUUAUUCAAUCAAAUUUUUUUCAAAAAAAUGUUUUAUAAGUGAAUUAUUUCGUCUAAUAAAAAAAUGAAAUUUGAAACUCAAAAAAAUGAUUUAUAAGACGGGAAAUUUUGCAGACUGGACGUGACUCUGAGUUGUAUGAUGGACUUGAAAUUAUUCCCGCUGGAUUAUCAAGAAUGUCCGUUGACGAUUCAAAGUUGUAAGUUUCUAUUUUUUUCGAAUUUUUCUAACGAAUUUCCUUUAAAUUCAGUUAAAAUCAUCAUUAUCUGAAAAAGGAAAAACCUUAAAAGGUAAAUCUGUAAAAAAGGCCUCAAAAAAAUAAAAAAAGCAAUAUAGACUGAUGAAACAUAAAAAAAUGGUGUUAAAUGAUAAAAAAAGGAGGAAAAAAAUAAACAGAUAAGCCUAUAAAAAAUCAAUAAAAUGCCUUUGUAAUUUUUUAGAUCGGUUCAAUGUUUCAAGGAUUUUUUUUUUUUUUUUGAAUUUUUGAAACGUUUAUUGCUCGAUUUGACCAGUAUUUUUGAAUAAAAAAUAAAAUCUCACGUAUGAGAAAAAAAAAACGAAUUAUUCGUUUUGAAAGAGAAAACUGAAAUUUCAAGUUGAAUAAUGUCAUAAAAAAUGAGAUUUCGCAUUUGUAAGUCCUUUUUUCGAAACACGGGCGGUUUGAUGGUAUGGAAAGAAAUUUUUGAGCUUUAAAAUUAUAUUUUUUUUAUCAAAAAAGUAAGGUGAAAGUUUACGAAUUAAUCUGACAAGAUCAGAAGGAAAUGUAGGGUAACUUUUGAAAAAGGGAAUAAUCAAUCAAUAAAAAAAGCCCUUUUUGACGUUUAGAUCAACUCAAUAUUUCAACGAUCCUUUUAAUUGUUAGAAAGUUCAUUUUACGGUUUCCGUUUGCUCUAAGAUUUAAAAAAAAACGGUAAAGUAGAUAGAACAAAAAAAAAUGAUAUUUUGAUGAAUGGUGAGGGAAAAAGUAACAGGAAACCCUGGAAUUGAUAAAUAAAAGGCCCUUUAAAAAAUGAUUUAAUGUUUCAAUGUUCGUAUUUAUUGUGAGCAAUGUCAGAGUUGGGCCUUCAUUACAAAGUAAAUUUAAAUCUCACAUUUGUCAAGCGCGUAGAAAAAAAUUUUUAAAAAGAGAAAAAUUGAUUGAUUCAAUGUUUCAAUGUCUUUUUGGAUCAUUCUACACCGUAAAAUAAAAUAAUACAGUUGCCUACGUCGAAAAAAAUAGCGGGAAAACCAACAAAAAAAAACGAAAUGCUCUGACAAAUUUAAGGUUAAUUCAACGUUUCAGUGAUCGUAUUUAUUGUUAAAAAGUUGAUAUUGAAUACUUCUGACAAAUCGUGACAAUUCAUAGAAAAGAAUGGAAAGAAAAGGAAAUAUUACAGUCGCCUACAUCGAACAAAUCGUCAACCUGACCUGGCACAACGAUCCGCCCUUCUUCCCCAUUGGCUCCAACGAAGAAAUCAAGGUUUUUUCUAUAAAAAUCAUUCAAAUGCUGAUUCCAAAGUGUAUUUUAAUCAAAAGGUUUUUCAGUGCAAUUUUCCAAGAAAUAGAUGAAAAUUCCUUGUAUUUUUGCAAAAAAAUUCUAUUUAAAAAGGAACGAAAGGUGUUUUUAGAGCGUAAUUUUCUGCGGUUUAACCUUGAUUAUCUGUUUAUUUUUUUCCAGCUCUUCGUAUGAUCCGGUCGAUUUUUAGACGUUUUAACUCUCUGUGUUUUCAAAAAGUAUCAAAAGCAACGGAUAAAAAGAAAAAAAUAACGUGUAAAAGACCGAAAAAGCGACUUUUCAAACACAAAAAUUACCGUAACUCGAAAAAUUUCUACAGUAACCCAAGUUGGUAUGUACUGUAAAAGUUCAUGAAAUUCCAUUACCAAUCGAUUGAUAUCUCACUUGCCUAGUAAAAACUCUUCAAGAGUUAGAUAAGCAGGUGCCAACCCGGCUACAGUAAGAGGGAAUGGCUCAAAAAGUUGUGUCCGCGUUUCUAAUAAUGGGAUGAAUCAUGAUGAAGUUUUAUCGAAAUAAAAAUAUUAAAUUUUAUUUUGUACCAAAUUUUUUUCUCAGCGUGUUAACCGUAACUGAAAAAAAUGUUCUUUUUGAGUCCCUUUUUUAUUUUUUUCAUUCUUGAAACAGCAAUGUCUUGUAGUUGAACGACAUGACGAUCACGAGAACGCGAUUCGAAAAAUGCGCCGGACCGUAUCCGAUGUUCAGAGGAACAGGUAUCUCAUUUACCUUUACCUUUAAUUUAUAACCCACAGUUUUUUGAGUUUAGUUAUUGAUAUCCUUAGUUUCCUUAAUUUUUUGGCCACUUUUGGAAUAUUUAGUCUCAAAACUACUCCAUUUUUGACUGUAAAAUCCUAAAUUUUGUCCUCAGAAAAUCUUAAAGCCUUAAUUAUAACUCUUAUUUUAACCAACUGUAGCCCUAAUGCACUAAAAUGAUAGAAAUGACAGAAAUUAAAUAAAUAACGCUUUAGAAACCUUUUCUCACAUCCCUAAUGUUGAAUAAUUCAAUAAAAAAUGCAGUUUUGGUUGGAGAAAAUGAGGUUUUGAAACGUUUUUAAUGCAUUUUUGAAAAGAAAAAUGUUCCAAAUCUUUAAAAAAUGUUUUUUUCCCAUGAUUUUUUGAUUUUUCCCCUCAAAAAACCGUUUCAAAACCCUUUUCCCCGACCAAAAAUGCCCUUUCCCUUGUCAAAAUGUCAAUUUUGAAUAAUUUUAGGAGGUAGGCAAGUUCCUUCCUUCGAUGUGCGCUCUCUGUCCAUUGACAAAUUGAUAAAAAAUAAUCAGAAAAAUGAGAAAUUUCAACCCGUGGUAACCGUGUUUUUGACUGAUGACUGACACACGCCGAGUGAGACUCACCGCAUUUUUUUUUCCCAACCAUCUGACUGACCCCUUCUUUUGAGGUCCCUUUGGAGAAGUGUGACAGAAUAAAUGAGAGAAAAAAAAGCUUCGAUAGAAGUAAGGAAAUAAACUUUGAAACAAUAGGGAAUAGGAAAGAACAUCUCGUGGAAAAAAGAUUCAGUUUCAAUAGCCACUGACGAAAUGGACUAGCAAAGCGGCCGAGACAAAAAGCCUCGACAGAAGAGCCGAAAUAAGCACUCGAGUCCGUGGAAAGUGUGCUCCAUGGCUAAUCGGAGUUUUUUUUUCGUUUUUUCCAGUUUUUUUGUUUCUUGCUUUGUAUAAGAAAAGUAAAAACCGGUAUAAACAAAGCUGUGGAAAGUCGAAAAAUGGAAAAAUCAAGACCGUUGCUAGAGUACGAAUCCAUAAAAAAGUGAGGAGGUUUUGCAAAGACUUGGGUUUUGAAAAAUGUGAUAAAAUAAGAAAUUCUCUUUCGGCUCUUUUGUGAACUGUUUCUUUCUCCGUGACUAUUUUAUUAUUCACACCACACAUCUGUUCAGCCCGUCCGGUGUUUGGCACACUGUAUGUUUAAAUUGUGCAUACACCAAUCGCGGUUUUUGGGCGAUAUCUUCGUUAAUAACGAGUUUUUUGUACGAAAAUAUGAACAGAUUUGAACAAAAACGCAAGUAGAACAUUCAAUGAUACAGUCUGAGUUUUCACAGUUUAGUUUUUCCAAUCGCUAGCAAGCCUUAAAGAAUGGCCUAAUUUGGGGAAUGCGUAUUUAGUAAGUCAAAAGAAUUUUUUUUCUGUAGUUUUUUUUAUCUAUUAUUGUCGGAAAUAGCCUUGUUCAUUUUAAUAAACAGAAAAAGUUAAAAUGGUCUAGUAUGGCCAGCGGAGACGGCGCAGUGCAAACCGGACGGGUCCCUGUAGGUCUGAACCGCUGUGACCACAACGGUUUUUUCAACAAGGCUUAUUAGUCAUAUACGCGGAAAAAAGCAAACUCGAGAAUAGGGAAAUGUUUUUUUUAAAGUUUUCAAUGAAAAAAGAUGAAAUGCAAAGAAAAUGAGUUACUAAUUCGGCGAAAUUUUCCCUUCUCAAAACGAUUAAUAUCUCUAAAACAAGUAUUCUCUGUUUCUAUCAGGUUUUUUUCACUCACAUUUUUUCUGUCACGCCCCCAAGCCUGCUCGAUUUGCAGUUCACUACGUAAAAUUCAUCUUUUUCGGGUUGAAAUAUGAGAAAAAGAGGUUGGCCUGAAUCUUUGGAGCACUUUAAAAAGAGAGUCAAAUAUUUAUUUAUUAUAUAGAUGCAUAUAAAGAAAAACGAAAAAAAUACAAUUUUCUACCGGAAAAAAAUAACUCCCAUGCCUUCUUUCUCAUAUUUUUCACCACUUUUUUUCUCAAUUUCAUGAGAGUCUAUCACCUUUUGUAGCAUGCACUCCACUCACUAACCUGCUACAAAAAAAAAAUUAAAAAUCUUACCGUAACCCACCGUAAUUUUCUCUUUUUAUUUAAGGGCUUUUGGAAAAAGCGAGAGUGUGUGCGCGUGUCUCGCGGGGUUCAUUUCGAAGGAAAUUAUUGAAAAAGUGAUUAAAAUUGAAAAAUGUGGGCGGAGCCUGAGUCGUGACGCGACUGGCGGAGUUGAGAAACUUCGAGAAUUUUUUCGAGAAAUUUUUUUUUUUAAUUUUUUGUUUCUUGGAUCUUCACAUAGCUCUAAAAAGAAUAUAGAAAAAAAUAAAACACUCGACUUUUUACCGCGAAAAAAAUUGAAAAUGUAUUAAGAUAGUUUCUAUUAGAACUUUAAUUUCGCCAAAAAAAUUCAACUUUUUUUAAUUUUUUUCAACUGUUUUUUUCUCUUAUUUGAACAAUUUUUUUGCACCUCCUAAAUUUUUUAUUUAGGAAAUCGGAGCUGAGAAAAAAAUAUUCGAGUCAAAAAAAUAAGUUUGAAACAAACUUUAAGCUCUGAAAUUUUGGAAUUCUAGAGAAUUUUCGCGAUUUUUUUUUUUUUUCGACUUUUUCCGAAAGUUUCCUAUUUUGGAAUAGAGCUAUUUUUCCCAAUUUAUUUGCGAACGGAAUUUUUUUCUCAGAUGCCCAAGAAUAAUUUGAACAAAGUCAUUUUUUUACAAACUUAUUUGGAAAAAUUUUAAAUGUUAAAAGAUCGAUUUGAAUGAGCCAGCAUGGAUUUUGACCAUUUUUCAGUUUUUCCCAUCCCUCAGAUAAUUAGUUUUUGUUAUUUUCCCUAAUCACCUUUCCUAAAAUGACGAAAUUUCGAAAAAAGAUGCAUUUUUUGAAAAAACCUCUCGCUGCUCCGGCUCACUUUAUUUUUUCAUAAAGCGAAUAAUUUGUUUGGAAUGAACCUUGCCACCGCCUUUUGCAUUCAAAAGUUGACUAAUUUUAUUGAAAAUGUCGUUUUUUUCAGCCUACUGGAGCUGUAUCCGGGCUUACAUCGUGAUGAAGCGCCUCGUUUUGUUUCACAUCAUUCAGACUUAUAUUCCGACGGGUGGGUUUGGACUUUGAGAGUCAAGGAAGAAAAAAAGAAAAAAGUAAAAAAAAAAAGAAAAAAAAAUGAAUCGGGCAAAUUUUACCAGUUUAUGGGAUUAAAACGGGCACACCCGCUAAGUGCCCGAUUCAGCCCGCUUGGUUAAUGAGAGGAAGGAUAAUUCUGCAAGAUGUACGGGUUAAAAACGGGCGCACCCGUUUAUUGCCCGUUUGUGCCCGACUGGUUAAUGAGAGGAAGAUGAAUUCUGCAAGACGGGCUUAUAUGGGAUUAAAACGGGCACACCCGCUUAGUGCCCGAUUCAGCCCGCCUAGUUAAUGAGAGGAAGAUGAACUCUGCAAGAUGUUCUUAUACGGGUUUAAAACGGGCAAACCCGCUUAGUGCCCGUUUGUGCCCGCCUAGUUAAUGAGAGGAAGAAUGAUUCUGCAAGAUGUACGAGUUAAAAACGGGCGCACCCGUUUAUUGCCCGUUUGUGCCCGACUGGUUAAUGAGAGGAAGAUGAAUUCUGCAAGACGGGCUUAUAUGGGAUUAAAACGGGCUCACUCGCUGAGUGCCCGAUUCAGCCCUCCCUGAACAGGGCUAGAAUAAAAAUAAAUCGCAACCUGCGCAAAAUUCCAAUUUAGAAAACAGGUAUUCGACUUCAAUAAGCAAAAUAAUGCGAAAAUUCGAUAUCCCCAUACAUGGCCAUAUAAUCCAGUUUAGGUAUGCUCGUGUCAAUCUCCUGGAUGUCGUUUUGGUUGGACCCGCGGGCUAGCCCAGCGAGGAUCUCCCUAACCAUCACCUCAUUACUCACCCUGACCACCAUGAGCAAUGGAGCACGACAGGACCUCCCCCAGGUACCGAAAAAGCACCGAAAAGUACUGAAAAUGGUGGAUUUCGAGGUGUCGUACAUCAAAGCGCUGGACAUCUGGCUGACGUUCUCGCAGGCGUUGAUCUUCCUGGUCCUGCUCGAGUACUCCUUCGUGUCCUACUACAUCACGAAAAGGACUUUCGACUGUCCCCAUCGGACCGCCUUCAACCAUCAGAGGCUCCUCAGCACCAAUAGCAAGCCUGCUGUGAGGACUUGUCCUUAUUAAAACUAUUUUAGUGGUUUUUUAGGUCAAUUAGGUGUAGUUUCGCAAGAAAAAAAAGCAAUACACUUUGAAAAAGUUAAUCAAGAAGAAAAAUUGAGAGAAGAAACACAAGAAGCUACAAAAACGGUUAUCGGAGCGGAUUUUUAGAGUCCUUAAGAUCAAGUGGUCCCUAUAGGGCCAUUUUAACUUUUUCUCCUGAUUUGGAAGCUAACAAGAUGUACAGGGACCACUAGCAAACCCCCCUAGAGUGGUCAUUAACUGGAACCUCUGAAGUGGCCACUUUUUUUUCAGAGAGGCAUGGUGGCCCCUUGAGGGAACCUACAAGAAUCCCUUGCCACUCUAGUGACCACUCUGCCGCUCCUAAGCCUUUCAAAUAAAGAUUUAUAAGUAAGACACUAAUUUUUUUGCCCAAAAAAAGCGGGUCUUAGAGCGAAGAACAUUUUAUAAGUUGAAAAAAUAAACAUAAAUUAUCGUAAUUUUUCAAAAAGGCCGUUUUUCACUACACGUGCGAUUUUUUUGUAUCCCUUUGUAAUUUUUUUUCGAAAAAUCCUGAUUUUUUUGAAAGUCAUACAUCUUUUUCUGCUUCGAUUUAAAAAUUGAAAAAUAGAAGAUAUGGACAAGAUUUUUGCUGAUCCAAACUUAAAAACUUAACUAUAAAUUACUUCUAAACGAAGUAUCUUUCCUACAGUUUCGGUUCGAAAAUGUUAUAAUAAUGAUAAUUGACAUGCUAUAAAAGGCGGACGGUUUACAAAAAUGCGACCGCUUUUUUUGUGCUCCACUGCAAAUUAAAAAAAUACGGGCGUUUUUUUAUCGAUUAUUAAUCGUAUCUUUUUUUCACCGUUUCUGGCACAUUUUUUUCAAACUUUUUAAUUUUUCCCUAGCUUUCUUUAUUAAAAAGAACGAUUCAAAAAAUAAAACACGACGAAAUUAAUGAACUCAUUAUGAUCCAUUUUUCUUUAAUUGCUCGGGCAACUUUUCAUUGGGAGCUUUUAAAAACGAUUUCAUACAGUUCUGCAAUAAACCGGAAAUCAGGUGAAAAAAUGGACAAAAUAAAUCUUAAAAAGAUACUGUCAAAAAAAUAAAAAAAGAGACAUUACUAUACGGGUCAGAUAGCUAUAGAAGAAAUUCGAAUUUCAUUCAUUUUGAAAAUAAUCGAAAUUCAAAAAAAAGCCCGUAUUUUAUCAAUUUGCAGUUGAGCACAAAAAAAGUGGUCGCAUUUUAUAAACGUCCGUACUUUAUAGCAGGCCAAAUAAUCAAAAUAUGUAUUGGAAUAGCUUUUUUUCAACUUUUAAUAAGUUCAAAUCAUUUUUUCUUCGAGUUAUACUCGAAAAUUUAGUUUCAUAGGGUGUUUUAAAAAAGAUGUCAAGCCGUUAAAAAAAUUUUAAUGAUUUCUGAAAAAAACUGGUUUUUUUCAUUAAAAUAUUGAUUUUUUUCCAAGAUUUUUUUAACUUUUCACACUUUAAUAAUUUUGAAAAAAAUGGUUUUCCUAUUGAAAAAAUUUUGAUAUCCGUCAGAGUUUUUAACUUUUUACCUUUUUUUAUUAGGUUUGAAAGAAAAACCUUACAGUUUUUACUCGAAAAAUGGAAAUUUGAAUGAUUUCAGCCGGCCGACAUCAACCGAAACGAAGAACAAACUGAGGAAUACCCAUUUGCGGUUAGUUUGAAAAAAAUAAUCAAGAAAAAAAUUUUUCAUCAAAACAAAAAAAUAAGGAAAAAAACAUUAGAAAAGAGUGCUUCUCUUGAUUUUUGUGUCUCUAGUUUGAUCUCCCUCUCCGAGUGCUUCUAAAACUAUCGAUUUUUUCCCCUCUUCUGAGUGUUUCUCCGAACAUUUCCUAGUCUAACUCUUUCAUGUAUAGUUUAUUAAUCAACAAGCUUUCCCGCAACACAAAAUUUCCGUUGCUUAACACGUCGACUUCCGUUUUUCGGUUUGGAAAUUAAAUCACAAACUUUUUCAGAUUCGCAAAGUUCGUUCUUACUCCGUAAGUGACCAAGAGAAAAGAACCUCACUUGUAGAUCGUAUUCGUGUCAUUUUCAGUUUCCUCUCCCACUUUAAAAAAAAAGAGUUCGCCGUGUUAAAUAUGGUAUAUUGGUACGAAUCCUUGCCUGUAUUGAUAAAGAAAAAAAUAUGUUUUGGGUGGAAAUUUAAAGUCAAAGAUGAUGAAAACUUUUGAAAAGAGAAAUUUUUAAUUACCGUGACAGAUAGAUUUUUCUUUUUUUCGCUGUGAGACCCCAAAAAAGCCUCAGAGCAAAAAGUUAAUUUUUGAACAAAAAAAAAGAUUUUGGUACCAAUCCUUGCCAUUCUUAUCAAAAAUCAAAAGUGAAGAAAAAAAUUUUUUUGGGGCUUGCCGCAAGUGCGCUCUACAGCACUCAAACGCUGAUUAGCUGGCCACGCCCAUUUAUCGAUUUUUCUUUAAGAUAGAAGGCUUUUUUCACCCUUCUUGUAAUUUCAUUAAGUAAAUUUAUGAAGGAUUUUAUGAGUGUUGGACAAGAACCCCGAUUCUCACAGCGCCGUCAAAAAUGAAUGCCGGUCCGCAAUGCGCCGUCGCGUGUAUGCGACGUGUACGCAGACGCCGCUUUCUGUUGCACUGAUUCCGUUUAUUUUGAACCCUAUUUUUUCGCUUUUUUCUACCGUUUUUCAUAAAUUGUGUAGUACACAUCCAUAUACACCACUCGGAUAAUUUCCGGGAAAAUAUUAAUUUUUUUCGAUUUAACACACUUGAUGAGCAAUAAUAGAAAAAAGCGUAAAAAUGAAGUUUAAAAUAAUGGCUCAAACGGAAUCGACGUGACAGCGUCUGCAUACACGCGACGGCGCAUUGCGGACUGGCGCUCAGUUUGAAAGGCGCUCUUGGAAUCGGCACCUUUGUUUUAUACUUGACUGCUUUAUUAUUAGUACAAAAAAAUCAUCAAAUAACUUAAAACUUUUUUUCUGAAACAGGCAUCAGUUUUAAAAAUCCCAAAAAGCUUGGUUUUUGAGUUUUUUUCUGAUUUCUUCUUUCAAAAAAAUUGACGCUUAAAAAUCGUUUUAUUCAUUUUGAUGAGUUUUCUUGGUUCAAUGCGUUAAAUAUAAUUUUUUUAAAUGUUUAUUUUUCAAACAGCUUUUCCCCCUCAAUAAAACUCACAAAUUUCACGCUUACCUCAUAUUUCUGUUUCAAAAUGACACAAGUUUCAGUUUCGAAUAAGUUCAAAAUGGCCACAUAAUUUACAAACUGCAAAUCUUCGUUUUCCAAACAGCUUUUCCCCCCUCUCAGAAGCUCAACAACUUUCACGCUUACCUAACUUUUCUGUUUCAAACAAACCCACUCCCACACGUCUUCCGUAAGCGACACCAUAUGCGUUGGCGCCGAAUUUGCAGCAUCUGACGGAGGCGACGCCGACGCCGUCGCCGCGUCUCAACGGCCAGAAGCCCCGGACGGCGCAGUUCUCCCUGACCCAUGGCCUCUCCGCCUGUAUGAACAACUCGGCGGUUCGUUCUCUCGGUCCCCCCGGCGAAAAACACGCCUUCUCUUCUCUUUUCUAUCAUUUCUUUUCUGUUCCCAUCACAACAACGCUUUUUGGUUCGAUAGAGGCGCAGAGGUCUCUUUGUUGCACUGAAAAUAAAUAUUUCGGCGCGAGAGAAGAGCUAUGUCGAAAAUGAGCCGCGCUGGACUUGCGUUUUUUCCGGCGCGAUAUCGCGAUUCUACCGCGAAAAUUUUGUCUGCGAUAUCGCGCCGGGGAAGAUGCAAGACCGUCUACUAUUUUACGAGUUUGUCAAUGAAAAGCUAGCGGCAUCGCUUCAAUAUCGCAUUUUUGCAGUUGACGAAACUUUUUGCGAUAGAAUCGCGAUAUAGCGCGGCUCUUUCGCGACAUCGCUUUUCGGAAACUUUUUCAAAUUUUCUCAUUUAAUAAACUCAAAAAAAGUUUUUUUCAGAGUUAUUCAUUUCUUUGAAAGAAGUUCAAAGAAGUUGUCGGAAAUUUUUUUUCUUACUUUCUAAUGCUUUUCUAUAAGUUUUUUUUUUGAAAUUCAACUGGAAUAACUGAACCUCUGCGCCUUCGAAAAAAAGGAAAAAAAUAAUAACGUUCUGCUUGUAACAAAGUCUAAAAGCUUUUUUAAAAAGCUUACUAACAAACUACCAUAAAUUUUAAUUUAUAAAACUUAUUUCAAAAUGAAAAAAAUAUCUAUUCUGUCAUACAGGACGAAAAAAUUGAAUUUUCUCCUAAUUUUCUUUUAUUUUUUUUCAUUUGACAACUAACAUUUGGAGUAUAUAACUAACUCGCAACACUACAUAAUUUUUAUUCAUCUAUUCAAUUUCUCUUCAAAUAAUCGAAGAGAUAUGUGUAACUAACUGAAAAAAAGUGUACGUAAAAAUCUAACCGCAUCGCUUUUUGGGCCAGAAAUGGCCAUUUUUGGUUGCCAUUGCUUUUAUUCGAAAUUCAGAUUAUUCACCAGGACUUGGAGCAGUUUUGUGGGGAAAACUUUUUUCUAAUAAAACAAGAGUCUGUCCAAAAAAGAAAAAUUGAGACAAACAAUGGAAUAUCUUGACUGGAUAUUGAAUGAAAAGUUUGAAAAUUAAAAGUUUUUUUUCAUUUCCAAAGUCAGUGGACACGAAAACCUCUUUAAUAGACCUGUGUAUAGUCAAUGUUUCCCGACUUGAAAGGCGAGGGAGGCGGGGCAGGGGGCGGGACGCGUAGCGUGUGCGUUCGCGGUUCUUGGCACGUGUUCAAUUUAACCGCCAUCGACUCUUUGUAAAGCCCGUUUUUCGCUUUUUUCAUUCCUUUUUCAAUUAUUUAUUGAUUAUGUUCAUGUGUGCAUCAAAAAAUAGUAGAAAAAAUUAAAAAAGAGUGGUUGCCGAGCUUUUUAAAUAGUCGGCGACAAUUGAAUUGAACGCGUGCCAAGGACCGCGAACGCACACGCUACGCGUCCCGCAUCUUGCCCCGCCUCCCUCGCCUUUCAAGUCGGGAAACAUUGACUAUAUGACCCCAGAAAGCUCUCAAGUUCAAAGGUGAAUGAGCUGUAAUCAAACGAACUCUGUGUCCUCCCCCUCCCAGCCACCGCUUCUUUUCAUUUCUCUGAGUUUUGCCUUUUUCCGUUGCUCAGACGCUUUUCGGGGCGACGAGUCUGCUGGAAAGAGCCCGCGUGAGCUCCUGGCUCGAGCACCAGGAGGCUGAGCACUCGGUAAGUGACUGCCGAUGUCCCGACUCUCGACGCUACUUUCCACCUUUUCCUCUUUUCUGCAUGGUUUUGUUCUUGGCUUUUUUUUUCUUGUAUGGCCUGUCUGCGCUCUCUUCUUUCUCGUCUGUAGGAAAGAGCACGUGAAGAUGAGAGACGAGAGAGUGCAGAGAAAGAGACUUUUUCAAGUCACGUUGAUGGGAUAUGCUAUCACAGAGAGAACAAUGAACAUUUUUCCGAAUUUUGAGAAACUUUGGAGGGGCUCCUUUAGGGGCUUCUAUACUGCCUAUAGGGAGCCCUGAAAGGCUGUUUGUAGGGGUCCCUAUAGGGGUCAAGAGCCAAGGGGUCACUAUAGGGAUGAAACAGGAACCUCUGAGUUGUCGAUGUAGGGAGAUUUACAAUGCUUUAGGGGUACCUAUAGGGGUCAAGCUCCAAGGAGUCUCUAUAAAGCUGGGUAUAUCCCUAAAGGGGCUCGUAACACCCCAAAUUCCUAUAGAAACCCCUCAUUUUUCUCAUUUUUUGAGGUAAAAUGAACUUUUUUCAGUUUUAUGAAGAGUUUUUAAGUUUAAUAAAAAUGCAUAAUUCAGUUCAAAAAUUUUAAGGUUUUUCAUAUUUUAUUGAAUUUUAGAUUGAAAAUGCAUGGUUUGUGCUUGAAAUGGCAAUAUUUAAAGGAAAAAAAUAAUAAUUUUCAUAUUUUUGAUUUUUCCCCUAGUGCAUUUUUGUGUGACUUUCCGGUUUGUCCUUGUCUUUUCCGGUCUUGAUUUGCAUCCCUCGAUUAAAUUCCUUUCAUUUGAAAGCGUAAAAAUGCAUUUUUGAUUUGUACCGAAUAAGAUAUCCGACCUUUGAAAGGUUAAUGAAAUGGGAAUGAAACCGUAGUCAUCUUUAUUUAUUGUAUUUUUCGGCUCCUGGAUAGUUUUUCAAAAGUAAGAGAUAUUCCCGAAUAUUAAGGCUCUGAUGUCGGCGACGCCACACGCCGCUGCACACAUCUACAGCAAGUUCGAUUUCACGAAACCUUGCCAGAAAUGUGCGCUCCGAAAUGAACAUAUCGCACGGAAAAUUGAUCGAUGUGAGUGCUUUUUUUGAAGGUUUAGGAAUAGGAAAGGGAUUUUAUCGAUUAGAGGGUGGGAAAUCGGUUCGAAUGGUAUCUAAAGUUGAUGAUGAUAGUGAGAAAAGACUUCAAAAAGGAAUGAAAAGCCUUUUUUUCGAAUUAAGAACUGUACUUAAAGUUAGGCUCAUGUCAUCAUUUUUGACUUCACGUCAAAGUUUGCGCUUCAAAAAAGCAAAUUUUAUCGAUUAGAGGGCGAAAAAUGGGCUCGAAUGGUACCUAAAUUUGGUGAUAAACGCUUGAAAAGUGAAAAAAAUCCAAUUUUUUCAAAUAGUUCGAUUUUUUGAAGUGAAGAAAGUGAUUUUAUUCAUCAGAGCAUUGAAGAUCGGUUCAAAUGGUACCCAGAAUUAAUUUCUGAAAUCUUUAAACGUGCAGAAGUUCAAAAAGAUCCGAUAACACAGCUUUUCGCUCUGAGAUCUCGAAAGAAAGUUUUUAAGGAAAGUUUCAAUUUUGAAAAUUAUGAAAUGGGAGAUUGACGUUUCAAAAGAUUUAUAAUAAUACUAGGUCGAAAAGUGAAUUCUUCGAUGAAUUCUUUAUACGUUUCGAAAAUUAUAUCGGCUCUCUUUUCUAGUAGAAUAUUAGUCUGUUCAAAAGUUUCCAGCAAAGGAGAAAAAAAUACUUUUUAGAAAAAAAGUUUUAAAGCGAAAAAGAGGGUUUUUUUGGUCUUUAUUUGUAACUUUUGCUUCUUUAAUAAAUCCAGAAAGGAGUUUUUACCAGGAUUUUGACUGAAAUACAGUCAACCAACGAUUUUCCAAGCCUAAAGUUGAAAAAUUCUGUUAUUUUCUCAAUAAUCUUGAAUUUACUGUUUUCCUUGUCUUCUAAAUCUUCGAAAUUCGUGAAAAAAAUUAGUUUUCUAACAACUUCGAUUUUUUUAUAUGAACCGAGCCAUUCUCAAUGCGACCGAAUUGAUAGACAGAAACUAACCUUUGAAAUGAUCAAGGAAAAAUGAGCCAAAAUCGAAAAAUCCACUAACGAUGUUAAAUCGAUUUAGACAAUUAUCGAGAUAAUCACUCAAAUUUCUCGAAAAAGAUUUUCUGUGGGAUUUGUGUAGAAACGCUGCAAUUUAUUUUGAAAAAAAAGCCAUUCCGUUGCGCGAAAGUCGUUUCCAGUCGGGCGCAGUUUUAUAUAAACCGCGAGGCUUUGAGCCAUUCUCGAUGCGACCGAAAAUCAAAGCAACCUGGAAAAUUUCAGCGAAAAAUGAGCCAAAAUCGAAAUUCCAGCAGCUUAUCUUGAUGUGGGCAGUUGUCUUGAGAAUUUUUCCGAAUUUCCAAAUUUUCUUUCUCCAAUAAACAAUAAAUGAAGCUCCGAUUAUGAAAAGUUUGACUUGCUCAAAUUUUCCAUUGAUUUCAGACAGUCGAUGGCUUUUCCCGUCGGUUUUCACGAUUUUCUGCCUCGCCUACUGGCUCUACUUCACUUGGAGGUCCUCCCUCGAGCAAACUAAAUAA